AUGGCAAACAAACACCUUAAAAACCCCCAUGAUCGGCGCCUGAAGAGGCGCUGCACCGAAGGUAAUCCAGCAACCGAGUUUUUCUACCAGAAACAGCCAGCAUGGUUCCCUAGAGUCCUUGUCAUACACGCAGAUGAAUCGAUCAAGUCACUGUCAACGCUGUCUCCAUUUGCAACUGCUAAAGUUCUGGAACAGACGAUAGGCAAAAAUUACACUGCUCGAAAGCUCCGCUCUGGUGACAUCCAGGUGGAGGUCCAAGAAAAGGAACAGAGCGUAUCCCUCCAAUCCCUGAAGGCAAUUGCCGACGUACCUGUCACGGUCACUCCGCACAAGACACUCAACAUCGUAAAAGGCGUCAUUUCAGAGGAAGAGCUCCUGAUGUGCUCUGACUCUGAAAUUGAGGAGGGUCUCAGAGAGCAUGGAGGUGUCAGUGCACGAAGAAUAAUUAUGCGUAGAGACGGCAACGAAAUACCAACAAAACAUGUCGUACUAUCAUUCCAACUUCACACUCUUCCAUCUACAAUACAUGCUGGCUACCUCAACUGUAAUGUACGGCACUACGUUCCAAACCCAAGGCGCUGUUUUAAAUGCCAGCGCUUUGGGCAUGGCUCACAGACAUGCCGUGGACAAACAACAUGUGCAAAGUGUGCGGGGAAAGACCAUGAGUCGCCAACAUGUGAAAAUGCCGUGAAAUGCAUCAACUGUAGUGGCAGCCACCAAGCAUACUGCAGGUCCUGCCUACAGUUGAAGGACGAAAAGGAAAUCCUGAAAGUUAAAGUUGAGCAGAAUCUUUCUUAUACUGCAGCGAAGGCACAGGUGGCAUUUUCUAGAAAGGGCUCGUACUCCGAGGUUAUGCGCAGGGGAGUGGCGCCACCUCGGAAAUCUGUGGAGACUCAGACUGAGUCCCCACACAACAUUCCCAACACAAUCGUUGGGGACACAGCUCAUGUGUCUCCCAAGGGAAACGUGGCCUGCCCAAGGGCUGGCCACAAGGACGUCGCCAGCCCCAAUCAGGCUGGCAAUACCUCUUCCGAAGGGAAUGGGGGCGGUGAGGGCUCGGUCCAAACCGUACCCCAGUCGAUGGAUGUCGAUGACUGCUGCACGCCGCUGCAGUCAUCGCCAACCCCUCAGAAUUCCCCAGAUCAACAGAAGGGGAAACAGCCGGGUCGAGGUAGAGGACAAUUGCAGAAGGUGUCACCGAAGGCACCUCCAGCCAGGGUGCAAGCGCCCUAA